UAUCUCGGCAGGUAUUGGCUAUGCAAUCGGUAUGACAACCUUCAUGGUCGGUUUCUAUUACAACACAAUUAUAGCGUGGUCAGUAUUUUACCUGUUUUCUUCGUUUACGGCCAACUUACCUUGGUCAUCUUGCAACAACACAUGGAACACCGAACAAUGUAUAUCACUUGCUGGUGAACUCAACACUACCUUAAUCACCAACACUUCUGUAUAUUCGGCAGAUGAAUAUUAUAAUCGCAAAGUUCUGGAAUCCCAUUUGUCUAAUGGAAUUGGAGACAUUGGUCCGAUUAAGGGACCAAUUGUUGGAUGUCUCGCUGCAACUUUUAUCGUCAUUUACUUUUCUUUGUGGAAAGGAAUCAAGUCUUCAGGAAAGGCAGUCUGGAUAACAGCCACCGUACCUUAUAUCGUAAUUGUCAUCCUGCUCAUUAGAGGCUGCACUCUUCCUGGUUCCAGUGAUGGGAUCCUUUACUACUUGAGACCCAAAUGGCAUAUGCUGAAGAAUUUGCAGGUAUGGGUGGACGCCGCAUCACAGAUCUGUUUCUCCCUCGGAACAGGCUUUGGCACCUUAAUUGCUCUUUCCAGCUACAACAAGUUUAACAACAACUGCUACCUGUAAGAUAUGAC